UCUUCCCUCUGGUCGUGCAGCAGUUUUAUGCACAGUUGUUGCUUUAAAGCAGCUCUGUAAAGACUAAAAGGCUUCAAGAUGGCAUCCCAGCAGCUCUACUUGAGGAUAAUGGGGCUGGCUGUGUUGUUGACACUCUUUGCACUGAGAGAUGCAUCCAGUGAAAGCAGCUUGCACAAGAUCUUGAGGAAAAGAGAUGUGGCAGGAGCUGGUACUGCCCCCUCAAAGUCCUCUGUUGCCGUCCCGUCUUCCAAGGCUCAAGAGUUCCUGGCAAAACUGAGCAGAACCAAGAGGAACCUCUGGGAUCGCAGCAAACCGGACGUGCAGCAGUGGAUCAUGCAGUUUAUGUACAUGGGAUUCGAUGAGCAGAGGCUGGAGACUGACCUGUCAUACUGGAUGGACCAGGCUCGCGCCAAUGACCAAGGGCGUCAACACCACUAUGAUGAGAAUGCCCCCAUCGGCCCACGUGACCCCAGUGCUUACAGACACGGAGCUAAUGUCAACUAUGAUUACUAUUAACUGUGACAGUCUGUUGGUUUUACACCUGACGUGCAGCUGCCAGUAUCCAAGUACUCCUCAGUCAGGGUUCCCACAUAUUGUUACCAAUUCAUUUUAAUAACAUCCAUAAUAUUUUUCCCAAUAUCCAUGACUUUAUGAAAGUAGUUAGAGAUACAGCCACAAGUUAUUAAAUAUGCUUUUCCCAGGCAUUUGCAAACUGCUAGCAUUUGCUAUCUUUACAAGCUCGUUAGACAUUCCAGCCGCCAACUACCAACAUAUGCCCAAAAUAGGUAAUUCGCAAAGCAUCAAGGCCACGCCCCUUUUUUGGAGGAGAGAAACUAAAAAUCCCAGAUGUCAGUGCAAUUUGACAUGUGACAGUUUGUAAGCAUUUAUUUCUUGUUAAAUGAAUAUUUUACAGACGAGUCUAAUUGUUUCGCGACUGUUUAAAAAAAAAAGGAGGCAGCACUUCAACAGUGGCGUUCUCAGUAAGCGGAGUGUUGAGCCCAAAUCCAAGUGCGCAUACUCCAAAAAAUGCGAAGAGGUAACACAUCCCAAAUUCCCAAGUGAAGGAGGACAAAAUAGUCACAUUUCAUUUGUUUAACCCUUUGAAACCUGAGAGAGUUGGCUUGAUUUCUUUUGAAUACACGGGAAGCAGGGCAUCAGUAGCGUAGUGGAUAGUGCCGGCGCCCCAUGUACAGAGGCACUGCCUCACUGCAGUGGCCGCGGGUUCGAAUCUGGCUCGCGGCCCUUUGCUGCAAGUCAGUCCCCACUCUCUCUCUGUCUCCCCAUUUCACCUUCUGUCCUGUCAUUAAAGGCAAAAAAGCCAACAAAAAUAAUUGAAAAAAAUAAAUAAAUAAAUAAAAUAAAAUAAAAAAUACACAGGAAGAAGGCAACAAGCAACGAAAGAAGAAAUGACCCAAAAAAUUAGCAUGAAAAUUAGUGAAAAGACAAAAUUAAAAACAAGAAAAAAGUUGUAAAAAUAAAUAAAGUUAGAAAGAAACGAACAAGGAGAUGACCUGGAAAGAGAAGUUAAAAAUUAGAAUAAUUCCGUAACAUAAUUUUUAAAUAUAGAAAUAAAUAUAAAUAUAGGUUUCCCUUGAUUUUUUUCUUUUUUCUCUAUUAAUAUCUCUACUUUGUAAAUCUUUUUUUUUUUUGUUUUUGGAAAGAAAU